AUUAAACUGAAUGUGUAUCAGAUAAAAACAAACACGUUUGAGUGUUCGAUCGAUAUACUAAAGUUAUUAUAACGCCGAACAGAUUGAUUCAUUUAUUAAAUGAUCAUGGACUUUGAGCCUUGUUCAUGAAGAUAGUAUUAAAGUCAAAGUAGUUUGAAGCAUUAUUCUCUGAAGCAUCGAACUUUAUUUUGUUUCUAUUCUUUAUUAGAUACUAUCUAUUCAUAUACAGAUUUGUGUUCAAGAACAUUUUUCCUUGUGUUUACCUAUCAUAAGGAAGGCAAGCACCGAGGAGCUGUGUUUGAAUAUUUUAAGUGGUACGGUACAAGCAGGGGAGUAACCACUGGAGGGAUUACUAAGCUGUCGGCCAUUUAUACGAAGAAAAAUGAUGGUCUGAAAGAUGGGGAUAUUUACUAGACGGAAACCUUUACACGAAUCUCAAACUCAUCGAGAAGUCCGAGCAAAUGAUCCGAUUUUCAACGAUUCCUUCCAAUAUGCAAACAACUUCAUUAGAACAUAUAAGUACACUGUCUUCACCUUCCUUCCAAAGAAUCUGUUUGAGCAGUUUCAGAGAAUUGCAAAUGCCUACUUCCUUUGUCUUCUAAUUCUUCAGUUGAUACCCCAAGUGUCGUCACUGACUCCCUUGACAACAAUAAUUCCGUUAAUAUUUGUGCUCACCUUAACAGCUGUGAAAGAUGCUUCUGAUGAUAUACAACGUCACAAAAGUGAUGGCGAGGUUAACAGUAGACAGGCAUUGGUGCUCAAGGAUGGCAAAGUCACUAGUCAAAGAUGGGACAGUAUCCAUGUCGGGGAUAUCAUUCGCUUGGAAAGUGACCAAUUCGUUACAGCUGACAUGUUACUCCUUACGUCAAGUGAACCGAACGGACUAUGUUACAUAGCAACGGCGGAUUUAGAUGGGGAAACUAAUCUGAAGGCUAGACAAGCAAUACCUGACAUAGCCGAGAUGGGCGAUGAUACUGGCAUUUUAUCAAGCUUUAACGGUCAUAUUGAAUGUGAAAAACCAAACAACAACCUCACAAAAUUUGAAGGAACCUUGAACUGGCAUGGGGCAAGUUACUCCCUUGAUCCCGAAAAGAUUUUACUUCGAGGCUGUACCUUAAGGAAUACAAAAUGGUGUUAUGGUAUUGUGAUAUUUGCUGGUAAAGACACCAAACUGAUGAGAAACAGUGGAAAAACAAGAUUCAAGAGGACUAAUAUUGACUUGCUUUUGAACCAGCUCGUCUUAGGGAUAUUUUGUUUCUUAUUUUCGAUCUGUUUCUUGUGCACGAUUGGCUCUGGCAUUUGGGAAUCAGUCGUUGGAUAUGACUUUCAAGUUUUUCUCGCAUGGGAAAAAUAUAUUCCUGGGAGCCCAUGGUUAGGUGGUACUAGGCAAGGUGGAGCAACCGCAAUAUCACUUAUGGUUUUUAUAUCUUACCUCAUAGUUCUCAAUACAGUGGUACCAAUAUCUCUUUACGUCACGGUGGAGUUCAUACGUCUGGGGCACAGUUUGGUGAUAAAUUGGGAUGUUAAAAUGUACCAUAAAGAAUCAGACACUCCUGCUAAAUCACGAACAACCACACUAAACGAAGAGCUCGGACAAAUUGAAUACAUCUUUUCUGAUAAAACUGGAACACUGACCCAAAAUAUUAUGACAUUCAAGAAGUGCUCUAUUGAUAGCGUGGUAUAUGGGGAAAACGAGUCCGACGCUGCAGUAAUCAAAAUAACAAAUGAGCCCACGAGUGACCUGACUGGGUACAAGGAGGACAUUCUAGAAGCUGUUAGAAAUGAUGACAAGAAAGUGAGAAUGUUCUUCCGUCUACUUAGCCUAUGCCAUACUGUUAUGUCAGAGGAACGAGAUGGUGUUCUUGAAUACCAAGCUCAAUCUCCAGAUGAAAAUGCAUUGGUCCAGGCUGCCAGAGAGUUCGGCUUUACCUUCAAAAGACGAACCCCAACCACAAUCACUAUAGAAGUAGAUGGACGGGACGAAGUAUAUGAGCUACUGUGUAUACUUGACUUCAACAAUGUUAGGAAAAGGAUGUCUGUUAUUUUGCGAAAAGAGGGGAGGAUAAUGCUUUACUGCAAAGGGGCAGAUUCUGUGAUAUAUGAACGUCUUUCUAACAACGAGUACAACGCUAAUCUGGCAUCAAAAACAUCUGGUCACCUAUCGACAUUUGCUCAAGAUGGACUGCGAACACUGUGUCUUGCCGUAAAAGAAAUCGAUGAGGUUUCGUAUCAGAUGUGGCAGAAAAAACACCAUGCGGCAAGCAUUGCACUCGUUGACCGCGAAGAAAAGGUAUCGGCAGUUUAUGAAGAAAUUGAAGGCGAUUUGAUCUUACUGGGGGCUACUGCGAUUGAAGACAAGCUGCAAGAUGGUGUACCUCAGGCAAUCAGUCGACUUAGCGAAGCUGGGGUCAAGAUUUGGGUUCUUACAGGCGAUAAACAAGAAACUGCCAUUAACAUCGGCUAUUCAAGCAAAUUGCUCACGGAGCAGAUGGAAGAGAUAUUCAUCAUUGAUGCUGAUGAAUACGUUGAGGUGGAGAAUCAAUUACGACGAGCUAGAGAGGAUAUCCUUGCAUUCAUGGAUGGCACCAGAGAAUGUGGUGUAAAGUAUAAGAACGGCACAGAUGCCAGCAUCAGUCAGUCACUAAAGGAUCUUGGAACAAGCAGGUCAUUUGGUCUAGUCAUCAAUGGACAUAGCCUGGUCCAUAGUCUUAAGGAAGAAAUGGAGAUGUUAUUACUGGAAGUGGGAAGUAUGUGCAUAGCGGUCAUCUGCUGCCGGGUUACGCCCCUUCAGAAGGCAAAAGUGGUCGAUCUUGUGAAGAAGCACAAACAAUCCAUUACUCUUGCAAUUGGGGAUGGGGCAAAUGACGUCAGCAUGAUCAAAAGUGCUCAUAUAGGAGUGGGGAUUAGUGGGCAGGAAGGAUUGCAGGCAGUUCUUUCAAGUGAUUUCUCAAUAGCUCAGUUCCGUUUCCUGGAACGCCUUCUCUUAUUCCAUGGACGCCUUUCCUAUCUUCGCUUCUGCAAAUUUCUCCGUUACUUCUUCUACAAAAAUAUCGCAUUUACACUGGUACAUUUCUGGUAUGCUUUCUUUUGUGGUUUCUCAGCACAGUAUUUCUAUGAUCCGCUGUUCAUCGGUGCCUACAAUGUUUUCUACACAUCGAUGCCAGUGUUUGUAAUGGCAAUAUUUGAACAGGAUGUGAGUGACGAGUUCUCCGUUUCUCACCCCAAGCUAUACACAGCAGGCCAUGGCGACGGUUUGUUCAAUAAAAAAAUCUUCGCACUAAGUGUCCUGGAGGGAAUAAUUACAUCUGCUUUGUUGUACUUUACGGCGUUUGGGGCCUUCAGCAAUAACAUUCACAGCAACGAAGGCAGGGAUAUAAUCGACCACCAUGCUUUUAGCUUUGCCGUUGCUUCGGUCCUCAUCUUCGUGGUUAACAUCAGGUGUGCCAUCGAUACCCAGUUCUGGACGGUCUUUAACCAUCUUGCUGUCUGGGGGAGUAUUGUUGUGUACUUCAUCUUUACAUUCUUCCUGUACAGUGACUUCAUUGUUUAUUCCUACAUUGGAAGCGAACGGAUCAUAUUGAGCUCUGGUCAAUUCUGGUUUACGUUGAUCCUCAUCGUAGUCGUCUGUAUUCUCCCCAUCAUCGGAUACAGAUUUAUUUCACAAGUGUUUAAUCCAUCAUUUAAUGACAUCAUCAGAACGGAAGUGGUUACGAGGGCAAGAUCGGAAACAUCGGAAUUGUCGCAUCUUGGGAAUUCCGACCGUAAAGGGUCAUUAAGAACUGGGUAUGCUUUUUCACAUACGGAAGGCUAUGGAAGUAUGAUUACCAGCGGUACUAAUAUGAGAGCAGAUGGAAGAGUUGCCAAGGUGUCACCUGGUGACGACAAUCAGAAUAUUACAGGGGUGUCAUAUAAACAAAAUGGCACAAAUCUUGCCGUGAAAAUAUGAGAUUUAUUUGAUCGAGGAGUUGAUUUUUUACAUGUAUAUUACUUGCAAUUGUCUUUCUAAAACAAAAUGUGCCUUAUAUGAGCUUUAAACACAACGUGUAACAUUUCAAAUAAAUUUGCAAAUGUCUGUAUUUCUAGCUUUACUUUUGUUCAAUAGCGUCCCAGGUCCAUACAACCUCGGCGAAUUCUAAAAAUGAAUAUGACUAUCAUUUGUACAUAGUAGUUUUUUGAGGCAUGUUUCAACAAUAAGCAAUUUUAAUAAACAAAAUAAUAUAGAUUCGAUGAUUACUGUUUAUACAAGACAAUGGUCAUUUAAUUCCCCUAGGUACAUAUUGCGAUAUUUCAUGAACUACACACUCAAGUGGUUGAAUGGAACUAUCAGUGAAUCUUGAAAUCAUUAAAGGUGGCCAGGUAAUAUUAUAAAGCCAAAAAAUGGUCACACAACAAAGAAAAG